AUGUCUUUGAUUCAUUUCCUUAUCCUUUUACAGAUUUUUUGGACGUUUACAGAAGCAAAAAGUAACUGCAAUACGGGAUUUUGUCAAACAUAUCCCUUCGAUGUUUAUGGGGAUGCAGUGCAAGAAAAAGAGCUUGUUGGCCAUGUUUUCCACAACUCUGUUACUUCAAGCCCAGUUCAGUGCUACUUGUUGUGUAAAGACGACUGUAGAUGUUUGUCGUUCAACUACAAGGAAAUGAACGACGCCAAAUACUGCGAGUUGAACGAUGCAAGCCAUUUCACCCACGACAGCUUUCUUAAACGUUCUGCAGGAUCCCGUUAUUACAACAUGCGAAGGUUUUUUCGCCAAAAGAGAGAAACGUCUUGCGUUGGUGACGUCACAUGUACUAAUGGCUGCUGCAGAAGCAGUCCGUGCCUCAAUGGAGGAACCUGCACUGAGAUCUGUGUGCCCACAAGUGUUCGGUACAACUGUUCCUGUCCAGUAGCGUUUUCUGGAAAACACUGUGAGACUCAGUUGAAGAGCUGUCAGGACCACAAAGCAGCCGGGUCCAACUCUUCUGGAUUGUACACAGUCAGUGUUAACAACAUACAAACCUUCCAAGUGUUCUGUGAUUUCAAUUCAGAGCCUGGGUUCGCUUGGAACCUGAUUGAAUCAUUCAGUCUGUCAAACAAAGGUCAAUUCCAGGAAGACAUCGUGUUUUACGAGGACUACCCAGCCAUCAGCGGUGAUGCCCCAAAUUGGCAGGCGUACCUCGUGAAACGACCCUACCUCCUUUGGCUCAGAAAUCACUCAACUCACUGGAGAGCUACUUGCCGAUACAACACAGAUGGUAUCGUAUAUACAGAUUACCUGAGAGCCUCGCUUAAAGAUUUUGAUAUCAUCAGAGACGUACCCACGGUGAUACAUGUCUGUCGACCCUACGAAUAUGUGAACAUCAGAGGAAAUGAGUGUGUGAAUUGUACCGCACGGACAUGGUAUAAGAAAGGAGAUUAUCCUCUCCAUAUCGAUAGUCAUUACCAGUAUGACUGUGAUUUCGAUGGAAGCAGAACAGACACGGCUGUGUAUGGCGAGGACAACUUUGGUCUUUAUUAUAAUAGUUCUAUAAAUCCUAAAUUCCGUUGUACUUCAAGCGAGAAUGACACCACCCAGAUUUGGAUUGGAGGCAAGUAAUUUCCUCAUAUAAGAAUACACCUGUAGUUUUCGUUGAAAGAAGUUGGUCAUCUUAAAAAUCAUUUAGACAUGGUUACCUUUAAAAUGUGAUCAGUUUUACUACACGCCUGAUCACCAGCUGAGUAGUUUUGCAAGUAAGCAGUUUACAGGCUCGAAAAAACCUGACUAAUAAUCCUCGUCUGAUUUCUGAUGCACGUAAAUAUAACAGUCCCUUUUCACUUUAAAUAUGAAAAUUACAUGGUUUCUGUAUCUCCUUAAAGUAUUAUUACUUUACAUCACAGCUAAAUGAGCAGUUUGUAGGUUUGAAACAUGUUUGCGAGAUUUUUUAGCUCUGCUAGUACAUAUGCAACUUUGUUUUGAUCUAAAUAAGAGCGAGGGGGUCU